AUGAUGCGCUAUUCCGAAAUUUUAAUCUGCUGUCGUCACUCUCGUGUCUGUCCCGGACACUGCUUUCGCGGCCACUGCAACCACAGUCGUCGCCGCGGCCUCCCCCGCUCCGCUCUGCUGAAGGCAAGGCUGUCGCCACGUGCUAUUCAUAGCAGAUUGUGGGAGCUACCGCUCCCCCUCUCUGCGUGCUUCUCGUGGCACCGCCCCCGCCGCCCCACGCCACCUCACGCCACUGUCACCGCCGCCCACCGCCCCCGCUGCCCCUACUGCCUUGCUCCCGCGCCCGCCCAGCCACCGCCCUUGCGCCACCACCGCUGCUCCGCCGACCCACGAGCAUUAGCCUGUCCUCGCACUAGCUACAUGCCUGGCACUAGCAAGGAGGAGGAAAAGAAGCAUGAAAAAAGUAGAAUAAAUGAAGGAGCAGGCAGGCGAAGAAAAUGA